CGCUCGGUCCUGCCCCCCGUCCUCCUCCCGGAGCGGCGAUGAGCGAGACCCGCGCCGGGGGAGUCGCCGCCUAGACCGGCAGCCAGGAUGGUGCCCCUGCAGCCCCUGCCCCUCGUCGUGGUCCAGGGCGUCCUCCAGCUCGUGUUCUGUGACACCGGCCGGGUGGUGCAGGCCGCGGAGGUGCUGGACUGGGAGGACAAGGAUGCUGCAGAGACACUGGUUGACAACGUGGUCCACUCCAGGAUCAUCAACCCCCUACGGCUCUUUGUCAAACCAUCCCCAGUGCUGAAACACGGCCAGGUGUCCUACUCGGACAGCAUAGAAAACUUUUGGGAUUGGUUGUCCAACAUCACGGAGGUUCAGGAAUCUCUGGCACGAACUAAACGCAGACCUAUAGUGAAAACUGGGAAAUUCAAGAAAAUGUUUGGGUGGGGUGACUUCCACUCCAACAUCAAAACUGUAAAGCUGAACCUGCUGAUCACGGGGAAAAUCGUCGAUCACGGCAACGGAACCUUCAGCGUUUAUUUCCGACACAACUCCACGGGCCUGGGGAAUGUUUCUGUCAGCCUGGUGCCGCCCUCCAAGGUGGUGGAGUUUGAGCCGUCUCCACAGUCCACGCUGGAGACCAAGGAGUCCAAGUCCUUCAACUGCCGCAUCGAGUACGAGAAAACAGACCGCGCCAAAAAAACUGCCCUGUGCAACUUUGACCCUUCCAAGAUCUGCUACCAAGAGCAGACCCAAAGCCAUGUCUCCUGGUUGUGCUCCAAACCCUUCAAAGUCAUCUGCAUUUACAUCGCGUUCUACAGCGUAGAUUACAAACUGGUGCAGAAGGUCUGUCCCGACUACAACUACCACAGCGAGACGCCCUACCUGUCCUCCGGCUGAGCCGGCCUGGGGAUCCCCGUCCCACAGAAACGAGCAUUCCCAUCAGCCCUCUGGGGAGGAAUGUGGUUUCCUAUCAGGUUAAAAAGUCUCUAAAAACCGUAGCUGUGUUCGUGCUGUAUCGUAACUAAUCCAGCUGUUUAUGUAACGAUCGUUUUCCUUUGAGGCCGUCGCGUUUCAGCUCUCUCAUCGUCCGUAAGGGAACUGCCAGGCAGGCACGUGGCAAGAAUCAAACUAAAUUAUGUCUGGAAUGAACUCUGAUCUUAAAAAUCACUUUUUUUGUGCAACUCCACGGCAGAGAGGUUGUGUUUUACUUGAAUUGGACAGCGCUUAGCAGGUCCUGUUUCUCAUUGGGAACUUUAGGUGACAAUAGAAUGAACAAGUGAUGGAGCAGCCUCAAAGCUGCUCGUACCCAAACUUCAAAUAAACAGCUCUCCCACUGCUUUCAUAAAGAAUGUUACACAGAGGGCUCAAGUAGUCAAGUCCAAAUACUAAGAGGAAGUGCUAAUUCUUUGAUAAAAAAGGAGAGAAAUCUGCAUUUUUAUGAGUUGUAGUAGCUGUAGGUGUUCAUUGAAGUGAAGAGUGAGUAGUUCUUCCUUCAGACUUCCUACCCAUGGAUAUGCAAUGAUGUAAUUAGACCUUGAUGAGCUUCAGUUUAUUAGACCCCACAGGUGUGCACAUGUGGUAUACAUUCCUUCCUCCUGUGCCCACCAUUGGGUUUGAUUCCUCUCACACAUUCACACAAGCACACACACCCCAGUGUUAGUUUUGCAGCAACAGAGAAUCUAUAAAUACCUAGAGGAAAGAUAAUCUCUGUUUAAGUCCACCUGGUCUAGUGGAAGGUGCCCCUGCCCAUGGCAGGGGGUUGGAACUGGAUGAUCCUUAAGAUUCGUUCCAACCCAAACCAUUCUGUGAUUCUCUGAACUGUACCAGGGGCUGGCUUCCAGGAAAAGGAAACAAUUAUUUUGCUAUCCAGCCCCUGAGCAUUGAAGUGCAGCAAGGAAAACACAUCACAGCACAAGGAUGAUACCUGAACCAGCAGCUUUCUCCUUCUUGGCACCAGUUGUUCCCUUAGCACGGCACUGCACACCUCAAGUCAAAGUAUCAGCCAUGACAAAGAGAGAGAACAACAAAAAUCUAUGCACCUUCACCUCAUAAAGCAGGUUUGAAAUUUUAAUAUAAAUACCCAGCCAGGCUUUCCCCUAGAGCAGCAGCAGCUCCCUGCACUGCAGCUGCAGCAAGGGAGGGUCCAGCUGUGGCUGUGCUCCACCAGCUGUGCUCCAUGGCUGGCUCUGGCCAUGCAGCUCCAGCAUCACCCCUGUGCUUGC